AUGCCCGACCUCAAGCGACUCGAGUUAGUCGGCAAUGCUCCUGUGGAGUCGCUCGCAGGGCUGGGAGCUCUCGAGGACUUGAAGUAUUUCGUCAAAGGAGCCGCUGUGAACAAGGAGUAUACAAGGCCUCUACAGGAGGUCUUCCCACAUUUGAGGAGCCUCUCCCUUGACAGUUCCCGAUUCACCACACCACGUAUGCUGGAGACACUCGGAAUUAACGAUGUCUCCUUGUGGCCUGUCCAGUUGGAGGCUCUCGAAUUGAAGUCGUCGUGUAUCAGUCUCGCCCAGGAAGACUUCGGGGCAUCUCUGGGUCGUCUAGUUUCCUCCCUACCUCGCUUGAAGAGUCUAUCGUUCAACUGGGCAUUCGUCUUCCCCGGUAAAGGCAACAUUGACUCGGCGGUGGAGGCCUUGACUACUAUGCACACCGUCAAGGACUUGCGUGUGGAUUACCACAGCGGCGCAUCUCGCUUGGGUGAAUUUAUAAAGAAGUUCCCGUGCCUUGAAGCUCUUGAGCUCACGGGCCCGUUAGAGCGGUUGGUGCUUGAGCCGAGUCUCAAUGACGAGGAGAG